CGGGAUGCUCUGCAGUUCAGCUGUGGGACUAGCUCUGCUCGCAAUAUGGGUCCUCAGCGUUUCUGGGAAACAACAAACCAAAUGUCACUGCAAGAACCUGGCUCUGUGCCAACCCGUAAUCCAAAAUGAGCAGAUGAAGAAGGACAAGGAGAUCUUCAUCUUUGACAAUGGAGGAAAGGACUGGAAGCAUUACAUUUGGUCAAACAUCACAACUAUUAUAGCCUCACAACAAUAUGACCCUGAACUCCUCUGUCACGCCCAUGCAAACGGUGUACAACUGUUUCUAAGAGUAACCGUACCACCAGUCAGGACAAUAUGGACCAAACAGAAGAUGAGUGAAUGGGUCAAUAAGCAAGUGAAGUUGGUGAAGACACAUCAGAUGGAUGGAAUCAACCUACAUUUGGAUCAGGUCGUCGUCAAAUAUUCUCCUGAAUCCCAGAAAAUAACUGAAGCUGUUCAACAAAUCUUCACAACGUUUCGCAAAGAAAUAUCCCACUCUAAGGUCAUAGUAAAUGUGCCUUGGUCUCCACAAUGUAUCUAUGGUCGGUGCUACGAAUAUGCAAAACUUAAUGCUAAUUCUGACAGGCUGCUGGUUAUGGGUUAUUUAAUGCACACUACAAAUACCGAUUACUGCUUUGCAAAGCCAAAUUCUCCCUACAGUGAAGUUUCUUCAGGUAUCACUGAAUAUAUCAACCUGGGUAUCUCUCCCAGCAAGCUCGUACUUGGUGUUCCAUGGUUUGGUGUUGAUUACACCUGCAAGAAACUACAUGAGGAGGGUGGAUGUGAGUUGAUCAAUAAGUACGACAGAAAAACUUGCAACGCCAAGGAUGGAGACACAAUCCCAUACAAGACUGUCAUGACACUCCUGCCCAGAGCACUAUCUCAGAAGUUUUGGGGAAAUGGUUUGCAAGUCCCAUCCUUUACAUACAUGUCCCAAGGAAAGUCCCAUGAAGUGUGGUACGAUAACCCACAAAGUAUCGCAGCAAAGGCAUCUCUGGUGAAGGUGUUCGGUCUUGCCGGCAUUGGAGUGUGGGCUGGGAAUUUCCUGAAUUAUAGUUACAACACAACAGUAGCAAAGCAGACCCAAAAUAUGUGGAAUGCUUUAAAAUGUUAAUGAACAUUCAUGGUAAAAUUCUGUUUUUCCAUAGUGUAUAAAAUUAAUUAUGACAAACGCGGGUGUAUACAUGCUGAUUGUGAACUGACCUCUGAUGAUUUUAUCUUGAACCAAGGUGACUUCAUAAUUUUCAAUGGACAUACUGCAAUCUAGUUCUGCUAUAAAAUGUUCUGAAAAACUUAGACUUUGUUGCUUGAAGUCUACGUUGAUUUUAUCGUGUCAAAUUCUGCCUGGUCAA